UGCCAUUAAAAGCGUUUGACCAACGUCACUUCCUGUCCUGCGCAGAAGGGACGCGAGCCAAACAUGGCGACGGUGUUAGAGAAAUCAACGAAAGAACGGCUGCUGUCUGUCGUGGAUGAUUUGGAGGUUUUAUCCCGGGAGUUGAUAGAGAUGUUGGCUCUGUCCAGGAGCCAGAAGCUGCCCCAGCCAGGAGAGGACACCCAGGUACCACGCUGCGCAGUCAUCCUGGAGCUGCUAGUGCAGCGGGACCGGGAGUUUCUGCAGCUGAUGGAGGUCGCGCAGCAGCAGGGGAAAGUUCACCAGGAGAUGCAGCUGCUGGAGAAGGAGGUGGAGAAGAGAGACAGCGACAUCCAGCAGCUCCAGAAGCAGCUGAAGGAGGCGGAACACAUCUUGGCCACGGCUGUUUACCAGGCAAAAGAGAAACUCAAAUCCAUUGACAAAGCCAGGAAAGGAAGCAUCUCAUCAGAGGAAAUCAUCAAGUACGCUCACAGGAUCAGUGCCAGUAACGCUGUGUGCGCGCCACUCAACUGGGUUCCAGGGGAUCCACGCAGACCCUAUCCCACAGACCUGGAGAUGCGUAGUGGAAUGCUUGGUCACAUGGCCAACCUGCCGACCAAUGGCGUGAAUGGUCAUCUGCCAGGUGACGCUCUGGCUGCUGGGAGGUUGCCAGACGUCUUGACGCCUCACUACCCCUGGCAGUCCUCCGACGUCUCAGUGGGGAUGCUGCCUCCUCACCACGGCAACGACUUUGGCCUGGAGCCCCCGGGUCACAACAAGGAGAACGAGGACGACGUGGAGGCCAUGUCGACCGAUUCCUCCAGCAGCAGCAGCGAUUCCGACUGAAAGUUGUGCGUGUGUGUGUGUGUGUGAAAGAGGGGUCACGACUGAGCAACACCUCAUCAAAUAUCUUUGGUUUAAAUCAUAGUCUACAUGAGGUAAUUGUAAAAGCUUGCAUGUAGCAAAUGUCCAGAGUAGGAGCUAAUUCCUUACAUGGAAAGAGAUAAAACGCUGUAUGUAGAGGCUUCACUCUCUUUGGACUAUUCACUAUCAUUAUUCUCAGCUGACGUUUUCUCCUAAAUUUCCCUGCUAGUUUUUACUAAAUAAUCUCUUAUGCACAUUUUGUAGAAUGAGCCAGUUUAUAAGGGUAGCAUUUAAUUCUUUUUUUUAAUUAUUUGUGUUUUAACUCCUGCACUUCUCAUAACUGGUACAUUGUGGCAAAGCAGUUGACGGUUUCAAGAAAUCAUGUAAUUCUAAUAUCCCCACAUACAUAUUGCAGCUGAGAGAGAAACCAAAAUUAUUUUGACCUCUUUGGUGACCGGUUGUGUGUUUUUAAGUGCACAACUCAUUUUUGUCAGUUUUCCCAUGAAUGUUCCUCGUGAAGCUUUGUUUGUUGAACAACAAUAUGGAUUAUUGCUGUUGGUUUACCUCUGUGUAAAUAAGAUUGUACAUACUGAGCCUUGUAAAUAAAUACUUUUUGAAUAGAAUGUG